GCGCAGGCUCAGUGCAACUCCUGAGGCGCGGGCCGCCCUCUUGGCGGGUUUGGAUCCGGGUCAGUCGGGAGCCGAGAUUCGGGAGAAAAGCUCGGAACUGACGGCGUCGGAUCACUCGAGUGCCCCAGCUGCGAGGAGGAACAUUGAAUAGUGUAAAAACUUACACAAUGAAAUCUGAAGCCAAAGAUGGAGAGGAGGAGAGUCUACAGACUGCUUUCAAGAAAUUAAGAGUGGAUGCAUCAGGGUCCAUAGCAUCUCUGUCUGUUGGAGAAGGCACAGGUGUCAGAGCACCAGUCAGAACAGCAACAGACGAUCCCAAACCUAAAACCACAUGUGUAUCUAAAGACAGUUGGCAUGGGUCUACAAGGAAGACUUCACGAGGAGCAGUGAGAACUCAGCGUCGUCGACGUUCUAAGUCACCUGUCCUUCAUCCUCCAAAGUUUAUACAUUGCAGUACAAUAGCAUCUUCUUCCAGUAGUCAACUCAAGCACAAAAGCCAGACUGACACCCCUGAUGGGAGCAGUGGGCUGGGAAUUUCAACCCCUAAAGAGUUCAGUGCGGGAGAAAGCACAACUUCUCUCGAUGCUAAUCACACAGGGGCAGUUGUUGAGCCUUUGAGAACUUCUGUUCCAAGGCUCCCAUCAGAGAGUAAGAAGGAAGACUCCUCUGACGCUACCCAAGUCUCACAAGCAAGUCUCAAAGCCAGUGAUCUCUCUGACUUUCAAUCAGUUUCUAAGCUAAACCAGGGCAAGCCAUGCACAUGCAUAGGCAAGGAGUGCCAGUGUAAGAGAUGGCAUGAUAUGGAAGUCUAUUCCUUUUCAGGCCUGCAGAAUGUCCCUCCCUUGGCUCCAGAACGAAGAUCCACACUUGAGGACUACUCUCAGUCGCUGCACACCAGAACUCUGUCUGGCUCUCCCCGAUCCUGUUCGGAGCAAGCUCGAGUCUUUGUGGAUGAUGUGACCAUUGAGGACCUGUCAGGCUACAUGGAGUAUUACUUGUAUAUUCCCAAGAAAAUGUCCCACAUGGCAGAAAUGAUGUACACCUGAUAGCAAGAAGCUAAUUCAUAUGCUUUAAACCAAUGAAGGCUUGUCAAAGAGAUUUAGUUAAUUGCAGACCUUGUGGCCACUUUGUGUGAGAAGACAUCUCUCUCUGCUCACUGUGCUUACAAUAAAAACUUUUCUUGGCAUCUCAGUUAAUCUUCAUUCUUUAAACUUACUCUCUGAGUUCUUAUACACUUCAAGGUGAGCAGAUCAAAGAAAAAUCCUCUUAUUUAGAAAUGUUCCUGGGGAAUGAAGAAACCAUAAUUACUUGAGACUGGCAGCAGCGGGUAUAUGGUAAAGCCUUUGUGAAACGGUACAUUUUUCGGAUUUGUUUAAGGUUUGGUAGCCAAGGAAAGUACAAUGUGAUUUUGUAACUGCACUAAACAUUUGUCAUGCUGUAGUUGCCAGCCCAGAACAUUAGAAGUUGCAAGAUUGAUUUAAACCACCUCUGAUUUAAUGCAAGAUUUACUGUGUCUAUAAAGGUUUCUCCUGUUAUUGUUAAGCCAGAGAUCUAAGGUUUAGAUUCCAUUUGAAUAAACUAGCUGGCCUGCCCUCUA